AUGUCACCAGACGAUUAUUUUGUUUAUGAUGAAGGGACAGGACAGGACAAGAUCACCGUCUGUAACAUGACUUUUAACAUUGAACCUGGUGAGUACAUUCUACACGACUACGCUCCCCGUGUCAUCUUAGCUCUCCUAGUCCUCGUCAUCUUCCUGAUCGGAAUCCUUGGAAAUCUCUUCGUCGUCGCCGCCGUCAUCCUCUCCAAACGACUUCAGAACACCACAAAUGUUUUCGUCAUCAACUUGGCCGUCGCAGACUUUUUGACAGCUAUGUUCCUCCCUGUUCACGCCUCCACGCUCUUGAAUAAAUCAAGUUGUUACAUCCCGGAGCUGCUCUGCCAGUUCGUAGCAGCAGCCACCCUCACCACACUCGGGUGCAGCGUUGUUACCUUAGCCGCGAUCGCCUUCCAUCGCUUCACCGUCCUCAACGCAAUUUUGAAACCUCAACCCAAAUUCAACAACGCAUUUAGCACUCGGAAUAUCGUGAUAAUGGUUUCCUUUACCUGGCUCUACCCAAUUGUUCUCAUGUUUAUCAUAUUACCACUGGACGUUGGGUCCCUUGGCUAUGCUCUUCAGUACAAAGUAUGCGCGCAGAAUACAGAGAAUGACAAUUCAGACUAUCUAACCCUGACAGUGUGUCUCCUCAUUCAGUUUCCCGCCUUUAUCGUCAUCAUCGUCUGCUAUUUCAAUAUCUUCAAAAUGUUCAGGCGUCAUCAACAAGAGAUGAACGCUAUCAUGGCCCCUUCGGUCAUGAUUUCGACGACGGAUAGCGAAGUCGUCAACAUCACAAUCAUUGAGGAUUUGUCAAAAGAAAAUCCAGAUGCUCCCAUCGAUGGCACCAUCAAUCUUGGAUUUAAUGAAAGUGACGGCAUCAAAAUCGCGCCACCUGAAGAUCGGGAAAUCUUAACAGAGCCGUCUGACGCAGCAGAGCUUCAUGAAAUUGAACCAAUGACAAAUGGAGAUAGCGAAGUCAACAUCACAAUCAUUGAGGAUUUGUCGAAAGAACAACCAGAUGCUCCUAACGAUGGUACCAUCAAUCCUGGGUUUGAUGAAAGUGACGGCAUCAAAACCUCGCCCCCUGAAGAUCGGGAAAUCUUAACAGAGCCGUCUGACGCAGCAGAGCUUCAUGAAAUUGAACCAAUGACAAAUGGAGAUAGCGAAGUCAACAUCACAAUCACUGAGGAUUUGUCGAAAGAACAACCAGAUGCUCCUAAAGAUGGCACCAUCAAUCCUGGGUUUGAUGAAAGUGACGGCAUCAAACCCUCGCCCCCUGAAGAUCGGGAAAUCUUAACAGAGCCGUCUGACGCAGAAGAGCUUCAUGAAAUUGAACCAAUGAAAAAUGGGAAACAUUCGAAAGCACCUCAAAAAGCGCCGAAUCCAGACCGAACCGGAUCCACAACCACAUCGCCUUCCGGCACGACGACGCAACCAACAGUUCAAAUCAUCACUCGAGACACACUGGCAAGGGAGAGUCAGGAAGUUCGCUACAAGCAACAGCGCAAGAUAACCAUCAACCUCUUCAUCAUUGUCUGUGUCUAUACGAUCUGCGUGAUGCCUCCAGCCGUCUCCUACCUCAUACCAACCAGUGACCCUGCCGUUCCUUGGUUUACCAUUCUCUUCCUGUGUAAUGUAUGCGUCAAUCCGAUCGUAUAUGCUUUGAGACAUCCUACCUUCCACGAGAUUCUGAUGUGUAUGUUGAAAUGCAGGUACAGGGACAUCCCAGAGAAGUCUUCUUUCUUGAAAACUCUGAUCUAUUCAAUUAAUGACAGGAGAGAUUAG